AUGCCGCUUGCUCCUGCGAUUAAUUUGGAUGCCCGACGCACUAUUGAAAAGGCAUUCAAAGAUCUAGAAAGGACAGUAUCAGUCAGCGAUCGCAUAACCCUCCAGGAUACAACUCUUGACGAUGUACGGAAAGCAGCGCAUCUGGUCGAAGAUGAACUUGCGGCUCGCCAAUCACUUCGCAAUAUGAGACGACUUGAGCCUCUUUUCAAGGGUUUGGAGUACUACUCGAAAACCAUUGAGGUCUUAUGCAACGGAACUCCAUAUAUGCCGUGGAUAUGGGCCCCAAUCAAGCUUGUCCUCAAGAUCUCCUCCGACUACGUCGAGGCCUUUGAGAAAAUUAUCAAGGUCUAUGGUCAAAUUGCCGAACCAUUAAAAAGGUUUCAGAAGCUCAACCACGCAUUCUAUAGCGAUAAAGAUGUGCAGCAGACUCUCGCAGGGUUUUAUUCCGAUAUUCUUGAAUUUCAUAAAGAAGCAUAUAAGUUUCUUCACCGUGGUUCCUGGCGACUACUAUUUCUUACGUCGUGGGGGCGGUUCCAACGGCGUUUCGAAGGUAUUAUUCAAGACUUGAAAGCUAAUGAAAAGCUAGUUGACAAGAUGGCUGCUGCAACUAACAUUGCCGAAUCAAAAGAGUGGAGGAAUAAAUUUAUGCAAAAGAUGGAAACCUUGAGACAAGAACAAAUGGACAGAAUGGCUAAGGAAGAAACCGAAGAGGUCACAAGACAAUACCUAGCAAUCACCAGUUAUCUCAAGGUGGAUGAAUCUAUAAACGCCAAAAUCUUCGAUGCCAUUGCUACGGAGGCAGUUGAAAGUGUCGGGACGAGCAGCUGGAUCUUGAACCAGUCUGAGAUACAAGGUUGGUUAAGAUGUCACCCCUCUUCCACGUUCAUCCUGCUUCACGGGCGUCCAGGAAGUGGGAAGAGUGUGCUGGCCACGCAGAUUGUCCAGUUCCUCCAGGCAUCUCAACAAUCAUUAGCCAUGUCACAUUUCUGCACAUAUGCUUACGAAGAGUCCAUGGAUUAUGACAAGCUAUUGAAGAGUCUUCUUCUGCAGCUCAUUCGUUCCGACAAAGACCUCAUCGAUUAUGUGUAUGAUAUGUUACUGCGCAAAAGCAAAGUCCCCGGCUCUAAAAUCAUCGAAGCACUGAUUUUAGAUUCAGUACGUGCCUCAUCACUUGAUCCGUCACGCACUAGAUACAUCCACAUCGUCAUAGAUGGACUGGACGAAUGCGAUCAAGCAACACAGUCUAAAGUCACCAAGCUCAUGAAGCGGAUGGUAUCUGCCGCUUUUUCAUCCGGUUCGACUAUUUGCAAAGUACUGCUCUCCAGUCACUCUUCUCCUGCUAUCACGAAAACGGCAAAGCAAUCGCAAACAGUGUGCCUUUCUAAUGAAAACAAGCACCUCGAAAAGGCUAUCGAAGCGUAUGCAUCACACAGGCUUUCUCUCAUCGAACUGGAGCUUUCUCAACUACAAGUGACUCCUGACGAUAUCUCUGACCUGAGUUGUCGUAUCGCGAAAAGGGCAGAAGGGAUGUUUCUCUGGGCCCGACUCGUAUUGGAUUACUUGGCAAACAACAUGUUUUUGCAGCGAGAGGAGGUUUUGUCAGCCCCUGAAGCCUUACCUCGAGCACUACAGCAAUUUUACGAGAAGAUCUUGACACAGGUAACUAGUCAUUUUGACGAGCGGUCUCGGGAGCGCAUAAAACUGAUUCUGGAGUGGAUCGCAUUUGCGAAGAGACCACUUCGAAAGGCUGAGUUCCGAUCUGCAUUGGCUUUCAGCUCCGGAAACCCGGAUACUAGCGAACUAGCGCCUCAAUAUUUGUUCGACAGGUGCAGACCAUUGAUAGAAGAGCGAUGCGACUCAACAUUCGUUUUUAUCCAUGUUUCUGUGAGAGACUACCUGGAGAGCAGUGACAGCAUAAUGACUAUUGAUGAGUCUAGCAGCAUCAGGUCACAUGGGCAAGCAAUUGCAGCGUGCCUUGUCUCUGGUUUGCAAAUAUUCACGCUAAAUUAUCCUGAACAUGAGCGGCAACUCAGGGUUCUUCGUGGCAUUCAUGCCUUCCACACUUAUGCCAGCCAAUAUUGGGUGCAUUAUGUGAUUGAUAACUGCAAUACUCCCGAGACAAAUUAUCGAUCCAAGUUCUGGACCUUAUGCCGCGAGCUCUGUGACAGGUUCAAUCCAGGGUCUGAUACCUGUCACAGCGCGGAUAUUGCGACGCCGGCUUGUCUUGACCCACGACUAGCGGCAGUUUACUUUGUGGACAAAUCAUUAGGUGUAGUAGUUCAACGAAUAUUGGAAGAAGAGCGGAACCAAUAUCUGGAAGAACCAUCGUCGGCAGAUUGUACGUGCAUCUAA